UAUGCUUUUAUGGGCUGACUAUAACUUAACAAUAAGAAAACUUUUUGUAAUAUUAUUUGCUUUUCAUUUAUCAUUUUGUGGAUUUACAUUUUAUUUUCACCGAUAUGUGGCGCUGCCGUACCAUUUCAGGCAGACAACAUUUAUAACGGUUGUUUCUGCAUACGCCAUGUUAUAAACACAAUAAUAUCAUGACUUGUGUGUAAGUCUUUUGUUAUCUCUUAAAAAACAAUUUUAUGUUUAUCAUAUUUAUACUUUGCAAUUGGCUUAAAUUAUUUUAAAAAACUAAUGUGUGUUUGUAAGAAAAUGAAGAUAGACGCUAAGCAGAUCCUACUCCUGAAAAUUUUCAUGGCCAGUUUUUGGAAGACGAUUUUUUGUGGCGAUCCUCCUAUUGUUGCCCCAUUUAUAUUUUCACCUGUUCUGAAAGAAGGAGAAAAAGCCAAUACAUUGUGUUCGAUUCGUUCGGGUGAUAAACCAAUCGAAAUCAAAUGGAUAAAAGAUGGUCAACCACUGCCUGUAUCAUCCACCGUCAAUGUACAGUCAUUUGAAGAUUCUUCUGUUUUGUUUAUCAAAUCUGUCAAUUCUGGAAGUUCGGGAAAUUACACUUGCGUUGUAACAAAUUCUUUCGGAAAAGAUCAGUAUACUGCAUCUCUUGUUGUUACAGCUCCUCCUGUAUGGCUAAAGGAGCCAAUAGAAACUGUCGUGAGGGAAGGAGAAAGCGUUUCCAUAGAGUGUGAAGCAACAGGUGUUCCAUCCCCAAACAUCAGAUGGAAAACUGAAGUUAAAGGUGUCACUAUAACAUCAGAUUCUUCUAGUACGGUUCACGUGACUUCGACUGGAACAUUAAUCAUUUCGAAAGUUAUUUAUUCCAUGGAAGGAACUUACACUUGUGAAGCUGAAAAUGGUUUUGGUCCACCACUUACUAAAACUAUUUCUCUCACUGUGCGUGAUGCUCCUAUCCUUAUACCGUUUACUUUUCCAUCUGCAUUGAAAGAAGGUGAACGUGCAACUGUGACUUGUGCUAUACGCUCAGGAGACAGACCGCUUGCAUUUCAAUGGUUAAAAAACAACGAUCUGUUAAAAGAAAUGUCUGGCGUCGAAAUUCAAUCUGCCAAAGACGCUUCUCUAUUAUCUAUUGAAUCUGUAGUGCGACAAAUGUCUGGAAAUUAUACGUGUAUUGUGAAGAAUGCCUAUGGAACUGACAAAUAUACUGCAAACUUGGCCGUUUCUUCCCCUCCUGAAUGGUCAAAAGAACCAAAAAAUGCAAUCGGAAAACAAGGUGAAAGCUUAAUCCUGGAGUGUGAAGCUGUCGGUGUUCCACAACCAACAAUAACUUGGAUAUCUGAUAAAAGUAAUGCACCCAUAUCGAAUGAUGCUGGAUUGUCUAUUCGUAUUUCAUCAGCAGGAUCUCUUACCAUAAGCAAUCUAGACUCAACAAUGCAAGGACAUUACACAUGUGUUGCAGAUAAUGGAUUUAGUGAUUCUUUGAAAAAGCAAGUUUCUGUAACAGUGCGUGAAUCCCACUGUUGGGCUAUUGGCGAUGAUUUGUGUGCCAUCCUUAGCGAUGAUUCGCAGAAUAUACUGGAGCAUGCGUACACAACUCUAUCACAAUUUUGGAUCGGAAGGUGGUGUUCUUUUAUUUGA